CAAUUCUCAAACUGGGGUUUUUGAGCUCCACAAAAACCUCGAAGCAAUUUUGGUCAUUCGCCAAAAGGAUUUGAAACCAGACUCUACCCGCCGAUCACUCAAUCUGGGACUCGGCCGUCGAAGUCACCGGAAUGGGUUCAUGCGUAAACACUUUCUCACUUCAUUAUCCUCCACGUCUUCUUCCAAAUCCCCAAUCUCAAACUCACCUUCAACAAAAAUCAUCGAUACUACUUCAAAGUUCACUAUAUUUCAACUCCAUGCUCAAAAUUUCCCCCAAACCAACUUCCAUAAUCACUUAUCUCAAGAAACCCAUUUCAUAUUAUCCCCUAAUCACCUCUUCCUCUUCGCCUUAUAAACAAAUCACCAAGUUCGUGUCCGAAAGAAUUGUAAUUUUGCUUGUUGGGUCAUUCAUUUUCAUAGGGUGUCUCAGUAAGGAGCCUGUAUUAGCACAACCCGCACAUGAAAGUACUCAAACUCAAAGCUCAGUGACCCAAGAUAACGAAAUCGACGAUGAAGAGAUGCUGUAUAUGAAAUUAUUAGAGGAUAAUCCAAAAAGUGUCGAGGCUUUGAAGUCGGUUUUCCAUGCGAAGAUGAAAAGAGGGAAAACGAAAGAGGCUAUCAAGUAUGUGGAGAGACUAAUUUCUAUUGAACCCAAGGAAGUUGAAUGGAGGCUGUUGCAGGCUCUAUGUCAUGAAAUGAUUGGGGAAUAUAGCAAGGCUAAGAGUUAUUUCAAGACUAUCUUGAAGGAGAGACCCCUCUUGCUUAGAGCUUUGCAUGGGCUUGCUAUGGUUAUGCACAAGAAUCAUGAAGGACCUGCUGUGUUUGAGAUGCUAAAUAAGGCUUUGGAAAUUGCGCGUCAAAAGAAAAAAGUUUCAGAAGAAAGGAAUAUAAGAAUAUUAAUUGGACAAAUGCAUGUUGUGAAGGGGGGAUUUGAUGAAGCCUUGAAACUAUUCAAAGAUCUUAUAGAUGAGAAUCCCAGGGACUUUCGUCCUUAUCUUUGUCAGGGAAUCGUAUACAGCCUUCUUGAUAAAAAGGAGGAAGCUGAAGAACAAUUUUUGACAUACCAAAGCCUUCUACCUGAUGAAUUUCCUCAGAGAGGAUUCUUGGAUGAUGUCGUAUUGGCAGCAAAAAACGAAAUUAGACAACAAGGAAAAAAAAUGAUGAAACCCGAGUUUUCAUACAAGAAAUAGACAUUUAUUUGUUCAUGAUGUGCUUCAUCAGAUUGUCCUGUUGUCAGUUAUUUUCUUCUUUUUGGAUUUAAAUAGUUUUUUGAUAGCAAAUUUUGUGUUAUGUAGUUUAUAAGGUUUGUGGUUUUGGAAAAAAAGGGUGUUCAUUUUGGUAUAUUUUCUUAU